AUGGACGGAAAGGAGCCCGAGCAGACCCCUUUCGAGGCUGUCUCUGCGCACAGCUCCCGCAUUCAGCAGCGAUUCCAAGCAAUCCUGGAUCAGUCCACCCCAUUCGUCGCCUACCGAUGGGCCUCCACUGGCUUUUUGCUGAUCAUCUUCGCCGCCCGCAUCCUCGUCGCGCAGGGCUGGUACAUCAUCGCCUACGCCCUUGCCAUCUAUCUCCUCAACUUGUUCCUGGCAUUCCUGUCGCCCAAGAUUGACCCCUCGAACGAUGCGAUCGAUAAUGAGAUGGAGGAUGGCUCCGUGGGAACUCUCCCCACCAGGCAGGAUGAGGAGUUCAGGCCAUUCAUCCGCCGCCUUCCCGAGUUUCAAUUCUGGUACUGGGCCACUCGCGCCAUUUUCUUCAGCUUCGUCGCCGCCUGGAUCCCCUUCUUCGACAUCCCCGUGUUCUGGCCUGUCCUGGUCACCUACUGGAUGGUCCUCUUCUUCCUUACUAUGCGUCAGCAAAUCCAGCACAUGAUCAAGUACCGCUAUGUCCCCUUCUCCUUCGGCAAGAAGAAAUACUCCAAGAACAGCUCGUAG